AUGAAAAUAGAUUUAACUUGUGACUUAAAAGAAUAUUGCUUCAUCAGCGUUUGCUUAAAUAAGAUACUUAAUUCUAAUUAUGGACUAAAUGAGUCAUUAUUUAUCUAAGAUUUACAAAUACUGUUUAAUUACUAAAACUUCUAAAGCCUAAAGUGCAUUACUGACUUGUAGAACUUAAGAGAGUAUAUUUAGAAUUUAGAUAAUGCAGAGAAGCAAUUCUUCCUUAACGAUUUAAUAAAAUUUAUUGCUGAAUAAGCUCUUAAAAUGACUAGAUUCCAAAAUGAAGAUAAAAAAAUAAAAUACUUAGGUGCUAAUUAAUAAGAUAAAGUUAGUUUAACUAAGGAAGAAGUUAGCAUAUUGCUUGCAAAUAUGUUUCUUUUAUCUACUCCUAGAAGAAUGGAAAAUAAUAGUUUAGAACAAUCACUACCUAAAUGUUGUUCGAAGAUAUGCUAUGAAUUUAUAUUUAACAUCUCUUCUGGUAAAGCUAUGAAGUCUAAAUUAAGAUGUAUCCACAAUUACUUUAAAAGGAUUUACUAAAGAAGACAUGAUUAAAAAUAUCUCAAUUUGGUUGUUGAAUUUUAGAGAAUUUAAUAUCAAAAUAAUAGCCUUAGAUUAGAUUAAGAUAUUUUGUUAGGGGAAAUUUAGUUUGAGGAAGAUAAGAAAAUAGAAGAUUUCAAAGAUUAAAAUUACAUACAUGUGGAUUUCGCAAAUAAAUAUAUAGGAGGAGGAUCUCUAUAUGAUGGUGAUGUAUAGGAAGAAAUCUUGUUUAACACAUGUCCUGAAAUGCUUGUGAGCACCAUCUUUUGUUAGAAAAUGGAAGAAAAAGAAGCUAUUUUAAUUAUUGGAGCAGAAAGAUUUAAUAGUUACAUAGGCUAUGGUUAUGAUUUCUAAGUGACAGGAGAGUAUUUUGAUAAAUCUAGCAUUAACAAAGAAAAGAACUACAUAAAUACUUACGUUGCAUGUAUAGAUGCUAUAGCAUUUUUACCCUAAGAUACUUAUUAUCAAUAAUAUGAAUAAAAAAAUAUCUACAGAGAGUUGUUUAAAAGUCUUGCUGGAUUUCAAGGGCCUCUUAAAGAAGAAAAACAAAAUAAAUAUGAUAAAACACCAGUUGUUACUGGUAAUUGGGGAUGUGGAAUAUUUAAUGGAGAUCCAUAGCUAAAGCUUCUGAUAUAAUGGAUUUCUUGCUCUCUUUUAUAAAAAAAAAUGAUCUAUUGUUCUUUUAAAGACCGUAGAUUAGCUAAUCAGCAAUAAUUUAUUGAAGGAUUGAAAGGAAAAAGCAUUAAGUCUAUUUUUGGCUUGUUAGAUCAAUACUCAAUAACAAAUAAAAGUUAAACUCUUUUUAGUUUUCUAAAGAGUUAAAAAAUUAAUUGA